AUGGAUGAUUGAUGGAUGACGAUUGAUGGUGGGAAACAGUUGCACAACCUGUGUGCACCCGGAGUGAAACCGGAGUGUAACCUGGGGGAGUUACGGACUCACAUCUUACCACCGACUGCCAUCUGCCCCAUCGUGUUGGAUCGUCAGAAGAGCCUGAUGUCCCGAUCGGAGUCCGGUGGCAUGACGACCUCGAUCGACCCGGGAGGGAUAGGGGUCGGGUCGCCCAUGAGCUUCCAGAUCUCGCCUCUCCCGAACACCAGGCCGCUUUUGGUCUUCAUCAAUCCCAAAUCCGGCGGGAGGCAAGGGGUGAAACUCCUUCGCAAGUUCCAGUACCUUCUCAAUCCCAGACAGGUGUACAACCUGGCAAAGGGAGGACCUAUGGGGGGUCUGCAGAUUUUCAAAGACGCCCCGUGUUUCCGCGUGCUCUGCUGCGGGGGAGACGGGACGGUGGGAUGGGUCCUCGAGUCCAUGGACAAGGUGGGGAUGGGGACGGGGGGAGGGCCGCAGCCGUCCGUGGGUGUCAUCCCUCUGGGGACCGGGAACGACCUCGCCAGAUGCCUCCGAUGGGGUGGAGGCUACGAGGGGGAAUCGCUCUACAAGAUCCUCAAGAUCCUUGUUGAUGGUUUACGGGUGUUGGCCUCUUUUCAGAAAGUGGAGAAGGCAUCGACAGUGAUGCUGGACCGAUGGAGCAUUCAAGUGAGCGAAGCGGCCAGGGAACCCGGGGACUCCAUACCCUACAACAUCAUUAAUAAUUACUUCUCCAUCGGGGUGGACGCGGCGAUCUGCGUGAAAUUCCACCUGGAACGAGAGCGAAACCCAGAGAAGUUCAACUCUCGGAUGAAGAACAAACUGUGGUAUUUCGAAUUCGCCACGUCGGAGACGUUCGCGGCCUCGUGCAAGAACCUCCACGAGGACAUCGACAUAAUGUGCGAUGGGGUGUCGCUGGACCUGGCGAGCGGGCCGUCGUUGCAGGGGAUCGCUCUCCUCAACAUUCCCUAUAGCCACGGUGGGAGCAACCUGUGGGGGGAAUCGCACACGAAGAAGAAAAUCAAUGGAUCCACGACGACGUCCGGUUCCAGUGCAAGAAAACGGGGGAAGAAGAAAGGGAUAGGACUGUCCAUCUCUCAACGGGAUUUCUCCACUACCUCCAUUGCCUCCUCCGUCGAUCUCACUACUGCCUUCCAAGACAUCGGGGAUCGCUUGAUCGAGGUGAUCGGACUGGAGAACUGUCUUCACAUCGGUCAGGUGAGGUCAGGUCUUCGGGCGUCCGGAAGAAGACUUGCCCAAUGCUCCUCGGUCGUCAUCCGCACGCGCAAGAGAUUCCCCAUGCAGAUCGACGGGGAGCCCUGGAUGCAGCCUCCGUGCACCAUCCAAAUCACCCACAAGAACCAAGUGCCGAUGCUGAUGGCCCCAGCCACGACCAAGAAACCGGGUCUUCUCUCCUUCUUGAAAAAGUGAUUUUUUUCUCUCGCUCGUUGCUCGUUUGCCGUUCUCGACUUCCGUGUGCCACGCCUCCGAAGUGAACUGUUUCGCGUGCACAGUGAGCCGUUUCACGUGCAGAGUGAACUGUUUCACUUUGUUCCAUCCCUUUUUCUCGAUAUCGCUCUUCGUCCUCUAGGAAAUCCGAGACGGUUUCCUUCUCUGAUAGAUGCGUCUCAUCCGUUUUCGCCCCGAUGGGUUCCCCGCCCCCCCCGCCGGAUGUAUUUUACAGGUCUUAACUAAUUUUUGCUAUUUAUGGAAUCUGAAUAAGGGACGAGAGAGAAAGAGCGGGGGGCGAUUUUCCGACGAUUUCCCAUGGAGUUAGAGAUUACCUUCGUCAGACGAUUCCAGCUGUUUUUGAUGCGUCUAAUGAACUCAGUUAUCGUUAGCGCGCAAUUCAGAACCAGGAUACCUUACACGACUCUGAAAAAAAAAAAUCAAGCAUGAUAUGAACGCGACUGUCUGGAAAAGACGUCUAAGACCUUUUCGCGAUAUUGCACGCCUCGGGAUGAAGCCGAUUCGGAGCCGAUUCGUUAACCGAUAGGCGAUCGCUUGGAGAUGCCGUGAGUCUCGAGGGUGGAUCUCGCCGUCUCGACUCCCAUUUCCGUCGGUUCAAAGAUGAAUCGAUUUUUUACGUGCAUUCGUCCAUCCAUGCGCGAGGCAUCGACAGGAGGUCAUCGGAUCCCGUCUCGGUGUGACGCCUGCACGGCAUGCGUCGUCUUCGUCGCACGCGAAAGGUCGAGAACCUUUGCCCUUUCCUUCCGCCUCCGUAAGUCUUCAUCGGCCUCGGAUUUCUUUUCGCGGAGAGAAAGCGAACCCGAGACUCCGUCCGUUUUCGGGUCGAGGCGAAUGGUAUAUCUGCCUUUAAUUGCCUGCGGAGAGUCGCCCCCGUGCGCGUUCCGUCCCGAUGUAGGUCAGAGAUUAAAAUCGCAAUUUGAGAUUCCUGUCGAUCGAAGGGCGGGGGCGAGAUUCCAUCGGGGCGAAGGCGGUUGGAAUCCGUAGAUGUCCCAUCAUCACGUCCGGAGGUAAUGCUUUUUACCUCCCCUAUAUAUUAUUAUUACGAUAAUUAUUAUAUUAUUGCUAUUAUAAUUAUUAUGAAGUAUAUUCCAAGAAUAUUGUUGGUAUCACACACGGGAUUCCUGUUGUGAGGAUGACGAUGCUACUUCGCAAAGUUGCUAUUUUCUCAUUUUUUCCUAUUCUUGAAUGUUGUUGGCUGCUGAAUAUUGUUAAUAUCGUGCGCUCCCGUUUCGUAUGAUGCCUCACGUCAUAUCAAGCUUUUUCCUCGGCUGCGAAGCUGUUCUUUCACACGACGACCAAAGACGAUUGUGUCCAUUCCCUCGAUUUUUCCUCUUCCGCUUCUUCCUUUUUUCCCAUUUUUCCCUACAGUACACGUCUCUCGGAUCUCAGUUUUUUUAUUUUCCUAAAAACUCCUCUGCGUUAUUUCUCCUUUUAUUUAUUUGUCUUUGACGACUUUCAUCGUUCGGUUUCCCUUAUUCCCUCGGAAGGUCUUUUUCAAAGUGAAAAUGAAGUAAUAUGAAAGCUGA